UCUAGGAUAGUCUCACAAGUCGCUUCGCCCAUGUAUGCAGCAGUGGCCCCUCCCCGCAUCAUAGCGAUAAGACAUUCGGACCUCACUUCCAGUUGUAGAACGUCACGAGCGAAGCUGUUCCUUUCUCAUCUAUUACAAUAUCCCCAAAGCUAAGCUAUCGCGGCUUUCGUUGACUCAGCGUUCGUCGUCGUUCAUCUCCGUCGAUACUGUUUGUAUUGAAGAGGAGGAGGCGCGUCAAUACAAUCCUUAGUCAGGGUGUAUUUUCGCUUUUCCAGACUGCUAACGGUCAUUCGAUAUGGCUACCAACCUCUCGUUGCUGUUGGGAGCAGCUUUCUUGUUCAGUUCAGUCUUCCUGCUGAUACAACGGGGCAGGCGCAACAUCAUCAUACAACGGCUUCGUAGCGGCGGACGAAGGGUAUCAGGUGCAAAGACCCCCCCGAGGUCUUUGUCUCCAGAGAAGAAGGCUACGUCCAGUUCCAAGAUUGAUCACGCCAGCACCUUUCCACCAUCACGACGCUGCGCCCUGGUCGACGACGCAAAGACAGACAAGGUUGAAGAAGUGUCGCCAGAUUGGCAAAAGAACAUCUUACCAAUGGCAACAUCAUACCUGGAUGCUGAUGACUCUACAUACCUCCCAUGUGGCUUUUCCGUGAAGGAGAUCAGAGCCCUUGGUGAUUUCCCGGAUUAUGCUACACUCAGCGGCGUACCUCCCCCAAACCCAUACCCAGAAUUCGACAUCAAUAAAGCACUGCCGCGGCCAUAUAGGCCGUUCCGAUGGUCUUAUCAUCAAACGAUGUCAAUCACCAAGAUGCAACCCGACUGGUGGAUCGAGCUCGAGAACACAUACGAGGAGCGCAUCAAUCAACGUCGAGACCUGUUCGAAAAACAUAGAGAAGCAGUCCUUCAAGCUUUACCAGGCUCAGAGCUCGCCUGCAAAGAACUCAUGGAGAUGGUACUGCAAUUCGUGUGCGCUAGGUACCCGCAUUACUUCCACCUAUCGACAGACAACAAGACAUUUCACAAUGGCAUCUUGAAGACAGACACUGAUCUCACCACCACACCACCCUUGCACGUUCUCCUCAACAACAUCCCCGAAGACUUCGCCAUCAUGCUACGAGACGAGAAGACAGGACUAUAUGUAUUUCGAGCAGGCAUAAUAUGCAGUGCGUUAGGUUGGAAUGUAGGCUCGAAGAUCGGUCUAGAACUCGCCGACAUACACAAGCCCAUUCCAGAUUACAAGGAGAAGAUGCAGUUCUCCAUGGACAGAUACUUCGCCAAAAAGCCCACCGACAAACCCAUCCAACGCGGCUCCUGGGGUCUAGAGAUAGACACCCCCCUCUACAUGCCCCCCGGCGACCCCCACGAAGCUCUGCGCAAACAACAACUUCCCGCCUCUGAACUCCCCAUAUCCCGCAUCCAUCUCCGUGUAGACUGGCAGACGCUGCGGCGGCUUCCGCUUUCGGGUGCCGUCGUGUUCAACUUCAAAGCGCUGUUUACCCCGAUUGAAGAUUUUAGAGAGGAGACGUGUGUUCCGGGAUUGUUGCUCAAGGUGCUGAAUGAGGGGAAGAAGGAGUUGAUUGAGUAUAAGGGGACGUGGCAUGUUGAGCAUGUUGUUAAGCCAAAGUUGGAAGAGUGGCAUAGGGAGCAGGUUGAGAAGAGGUUGGUGAGCGAGGAUUGGGAACCUCAGACUUUGGAUGAGAGUCCAUGGUUUGAAGGGUGGGAGAGGAAGUGGAGGGAGAAUCAGGGGUUUUGAGGUAGGGACGAAUCAAGGUCGUAUGAAGAAGGCAAUCGCAUGUCGCUCAU